GAGUUGCAACGUUAGUGAACAAGCUGAUAUCGAGACGCGUCAGUUCACAGAGGACCUCCGUUCCGUCGGAUGUGAGGAAACUUUUUUGUCCGUAAAUUUGUCAAGUUCUCGCAUCGAGACUUUGUAAUUUCGUGGUUUCCCGAAGGAAUGAUUUUGUAAUCAUGAAAAGUGUAAGACUGUGCGAGGUUGGCUAACAUCGAUAAAAGCGAGAACGAGCCGACGACGAUCUCGACGAGGAUGGCGAGCACGAAUAAUUGCCGUUUGUGAGUGUCGGCGCCGAGAGAGAGGAUCGCGGAAGGCCACGUUCGUGUUGGUACGAGAGAAGAGCAGCGAUGUCGGUGAAGCUUCGAACGAGAUCCGCCCAGCCGGCUUCAAGUGUUCAGCUUCGUCCCUCGGGAUCGACCAGCCUGUAAAAAAGUUGGAUGAUCGUUGUUCGACAAAGAGGAUCAAAAAGAAACGGAGGGCCGUGGUACUGCCUUUUCGUAGCGGAGUAGAAAACGCGAAGAGAUAUUUUGGUAAAUAGUAUCUUAGGUAAUUGGUGAAACGGUAUCACGGCGCGAGACUCGACUAGUCGCUAUCGGCGAUAAAACCACGUUAAAUGGUCGCAUUUGGCGCACAAUUUCUACUUUUCUCGCGCGUGCCGUGUACCGUGUUCGUUGUUUGCUCGUGAAAAUCAUCGACGAUUUCCGAGUAAGAAGCUGGAGAAUCGCGAACGUUCUCCGGUCGAAUUUAACCACGAUUAAGCGACUCGUGGUGAAAGUGAAGUGUCUCGGUCUUGGUGACAUGGCCUUCAUGAUGAAGAAGAAGAAGUACAAAUUCUCGGUGGAGGUGAACCUGGAGGAGCUGACCGCGGUGCCAUUCGUGAACGCAGUGCUGUUCGCUAAGCUCAGACUUCUCGACGGUGGAUCUUUCGUCGAUCAUUCGACCAGGGAGGAAGUGCAGGAGCAUACCGUCAGAUGGGACGCUAAAUUCGAGUUUUUAUGCAAAAUGAGUGCCAAUGCGUCCACCGGUGUUCUCGAUCCGUGUAUUUUAAGGAUAUCCGUGAGAAAGGAACUGAAGGGAGGCAGGUCCUUCCAGAAGCUUGGUUUCACCGACCUGAACCUCGCCGAAUUCGCAGGAGCUGGACUCUGCAGAACGAGGUAUCUUCUGGAAGGCUACGACUCGAGACACAGACAGGACAAUUCCAUGUUACGCGUUGCCAUCAAGAUGAACAUGCUGUCCGGAGAUAUUCUGUUCAAAGUGCCGUCUCCGUCGUUGAAGCAAACGCAGCUCGCAGUACCUGGCGUACCAGGUGUUUCCGGUGUGACGACGGACGAAACUGCAUCCGAGAGGUGUACCAAUCGAGAAGAUUACGUGUCCACUGGUUCGUUAGCUGGAAGUAUAGCUAGUGCUAGCAGCGGUUUUGGUAGUCUUCCCAAAAAGAGGCCUGCCCUCUUUUCCUCGGAGCUUCUCAGCGGGGCGGAGUCCUACGAUCCAAUGACCCUGAGCGAGAUCGUACCGUCGGCUCUUCCAGUGGAGACUCUAACCGAAGCGCACACAGAGUCAGGCCAUUCUCGCAAUAGCAGCAACACCAGCCAACUGAGCAAAGGCUCCGGCUAUGGAUCUUUAAAUUCACACAGUCAACACAGUAGGCAGAGCAGUAGUGGUGACAGUGGCCACAUUAGGUCACCCUCCUGGCCGGUAUGGGCUCCACGUAUCCCCAAUGUCUCCCAAAAGUCCUCGAGCCAGCAGCCUGCCAGACCCGAGACCUCUCUCGACUCCGAAUCCCCAUCCUCGUCUUCCUCGACGCUGCUGGACCCACGAAAUAGGUUCUGGUCUACGUCCAGCCCUCUUUCGUCGCGCGAGGGAAAAUCGAUCGCGCGGAAUUCUCUAAGAUCGAGCAUAGCAGCCGUUCCUCUAUCGAACGACCAAAGCGAAACGAAUCGAUGGAAGAACGGCGUCGCUUCGAGCGACAACAGUCGCCUUAACGAAAACGUCGGUAACGACGUUGGCGUGUUCAAAGUGCCUGGACCACAGGACGUUCCGCGGCACUUGCGAAAAAACGUCGAGAGGAAUAGCUUCGACGCGCGAAACGAACGUAACGCGACGAAUUCGGCGACGAACGAUCGGAACGAACAAUGGAACAGCGUGAUCGUGCCGACCGCGAAACCGAGAAUCGGUCAGCCAGGUUGGAGAAGUAUCUCGAAAACCUGCGACUGCAUCGAGAAAGGCAAGAUCAGCCCGGUUUUGCGGCUAGCUGACCAGGCCAGAGCCGUAUCCUCUCCCGAUCCCCUUCAUAGGCCCGAUAACCCCAGAGCCUCGCUACGUUCCGCGACGACCGCUCAGACCCUCAGGGGUAUUGGCGGAAGUCACCGGAAGUUGCUGGACGGGGCGGGGGGCAAGCUGGCUACGGUCGCCACCAGCCCAGCGGACUCCGAAGAGUCCUCCUUAGGGGUACCGGAAGUCGCUCCACCGAGCUCCCAGCACCGAAACAGCAUAACCCCACCAAAUCCUUCCGGUGGUUCCGGUCUCAGCGAAACGGGAUCUCUGGACCGAGCAAAGGCGGCGUUGGAGCGUAGGAAAAAAGCGGAAGACGGCGCGGGAAAUCCCAUCCUGUGCAGGGUCGAAGUGACCAGGCCAAACCCGGAUUCCCUGAUCGACGAACUGAUCAAGGCAACGAACUUGGAGCAGACGGAUCUCGAGAGCUCCGAGACAACCGGACUCCAGCUAUUCAUAGCGAAAGACGGGACGACCGCGCUCGGUAGCCACGAGAUCAAAAGUCAGAUGCCCGCGGGUGUGUUCAAGCAGGUGGUGAUGGAAGAGAAUAAUAGGUAACACGAAGCUAUGGCGGCGAGAAGACAGUACGCGAGACAGGCCAGCGCUACGUUUUCGCUGGCCCUGGUGCCAGAGCUCGUCUACGAGGCCUACGAGCCCCGGUAGUUGCGAGGACAACGAAGCUGGACGAGGGAAUCGUCGAGAGGACGGUGAACGCGGCGACGAUGGACUUAACGCCGGUGCACCUCCAUCUCCUAUCUAAAUUAUUCGUUUCGGUCGCCUAUCCGCGCCCUAUCGGCGUUCGGCGCUUUACGCUUCUCGUACGUCGUACCGGUAACCAGAUCGAUCGUCCUUUGCGCUCAAACGUUGCUAAAUCUUUCCUUUUUAUAUAUCGAAUCUAAAUUUAUGCGACUAAUUUCGCGGUCCGUGGUAAUUCAAACGGGACGAAACGCUUCGAGUCGUACAGGACGCUUGGUCGAUGAAAACCGGCCGGCACGGGUGCUGCACGCAACUCGUCGUCGACCACGCGACGCGUAUUCUCUUCCGCCAAGUCGAAGCACAAUACAAAAUGAUUCCUCUCUUUCCUUUCUUUUUUUCCUUUCUUUUAUUUUUCAAUGUUCUUCUCGUCGACCGUGCUUCGAGAGGAAAUCGGAAAGCGUCGUUCGCGUAAUUGAACGAAGACAGAGAUCGGAGAUAAUAUAGCGUAUUAGAGAGCGCGUAUCGAUGUGCGAGAAGAACGAGAAAGAGAGACAGACAGACAGACGGACGGACAGAGAGACAAAGAAAGAGGAAAAUACGACGAAGCGCGAUCGGCGCUCAAUGCGUAACGUUUUAACCGUUCGAUGUCGAGUAGCGUGGAACAAUGCGCGUGCACUAACGCUUCUCUUUUUUGCUACCUGUGUUCACGGUUCCUUUGUCGUUCGCGUAGACGACCGCGCGGUAUAUUGUAAAACCACGACCGAAACCACGCGCGUUCGUUUCGAUCCUCGAGAGGGAUACUCGACGUCGGGCAACGUUUAAAAAAUAAAGUAAGAGAAAACGCGCGAGUCUCGCGAGCGUAGACCCGCUGCACGCGCGCUAACGUACAAAAAACAUUUUCGAACGAUUCAUUUCGGCUAUACUUUUCCUUUUCGUCGAGUUUUUCUAUCGUUUAAGGUACAAGCGUUUCGUAUGUACGUAUGUUCAUAUAUAUAUACACGCACAUAUGUAUAUCUAUAUAUGUGUAUGUGUGCGUGUGUGUGUGUAUAUAUAUAGAUAUAUAUAUAUAUAGAUAGAUAUAGAUAUACAAAUAUAUAGCGUUCUGUCGUUCAGUUGGUUCGCUGGAACCGAACGGAUUCCGCGUCGGACGUUUCCGUCGGUGUUUCGAUGAUGUAUUUAUUUUUAUUCAUGGAUUUAACUCCACUUUGUAGUACGUAUUUCCGUCUAAUAUAUUCUCGCGAACUGAAUUUUGUCGCGACGGGUCUGUACUUUGUAGCCUUUAUGCCGGCUCCUUUCUUUUUCUUCUUGUUUCUUUUUUUGCACUCGUUCGCGCGGCCGUUUGCGUAUGCGUGCUUGUAUGUUGCGUGUAUGAGAGAGAAAGAGAGAGAGAGAGAGAGAAAAGAGCGUCGUUUCCUGCUCGCUGUCGCGAGAGGAGAUUCCAUUGUACGAGAGACACUUGGAAUCGGAGAAACGAGAUUCAUCAAGUGCCACAUUAUUUAAUUUUCGAGGCUGGACAGUUUUUCGUGAUAUUACUCUAUAAUUGUCGUAUUCUCGUCCUCGUACCUUUUCCGCUGUCCCGUUAAGCCAGAGAUACGAAGCGAAAACAGGGGAAAGAAACGCAUGGAAGGAAGAAAGGAAGGAGGAAAGACGAAGAAGAAAGCUGGAGUUUGAUUUUUUUUUUUUUUUUUUUUUUUUUUUUGGUUAUCCGGUGCGAUCGGUGACCGCGUUAGUGAUUCGUUGUAUAUAGAGCGGUAGUAAUCGUUACGUAGGUAAAUGGCUGGUGUUGUAUACGUUCGUCCUCUCCCUCGAUCACUACUCGAAUUACCUGUAACUGCUGCUAGCGUACCGGAGCGCCGGACGGCGUCUACGAAGAAAAAUGGCUAGAAGCGAGAAGACGACAACGUUUCGUGUACAUAAGCGUGCCUGAAUACGUCGAGUGUGAAUGAGACUCGUAGAGAGACAGAGAGAAAGACAGCAAGGAGGAACGAGGAAGCCGUCGAGAAGACGGCUAGAGGAAGAAGAAAGAGGAGAAGAACGACGGAAACGUUGCUCCUUGUUCGCUACGUGUGCGGCGCCUCGCGACCAGCCGCUCCAUUUCGCCAGUAGACUAACGAACCGAGCGAAGAAACGAAGCAGAAAAAGUAACGAUUAAGACAAGCGCGAUGGUAGCAAUCGCGCGCGUAAAAAUCAAAAGCUUUCGCUCUAAAGAAAAGAGAGUCUAGCCUCUUUGUUUCUCGUCUCUAUUUUAUACGAGCUUCCAGAGCGAGACAGCUCUCGGCUAAUUUUAACCGUUUCAUCGUUCUCGCGCUGCAAUUUUAUUUUAGCUCGACUCGCGUUUGAUAGUUUGCAUAUCUUCGACGUUCUCGAUAAAACGAACCAACAGUAUUCGCGCCUACGCUUGUUUCUCGCUAACGCGCGUAUCGCUACGAUCACUGUCCACGAUUCCCUACUUUUUCUACUUUGUCAUGGAUAUUACGGGCUCGCGUGUAAGUCGCCAAGUCGAAAUUGCAAGCUCGGAAAGUGAAUUACUCGAUACAGUUUGAUCCGAUCGGACGCUGCAACGGCGAUAUUUUACGGACGUUACAGAGCGACGCGGUAACCUAUUACUUAACGGAAAAACCAAUAUUACUUAACGACGCGCUGGAUAAUUGUACGCGUCGGAGUUCCGUCGCACUCUACCUGCUAUUUCCCGCGAUAACGCGAAUCGUCUAUCGAACGGUGUAAAAAAUUGCCCGACCAACGCGAGUAAACGCGACUGAUCGACGUCGAACGAAACUGCUAAUCGAGAGCCCGUAACUCCGUCGUUCCCCCCCGCGAUCUUUCCUCCUCUACGAUCAUUCCGUUCCUGCUUCUUUUCCAUCGCGCUGUUCGCCGCGGUAUUCUUCUCCGAUGCUCGUCCGACUUUCCUACGAUCGCCGCGUCGCGUUGUUCCCGAGUCUCGCUGCGAGCUGGCCGAUUUCGUUUUUAGGCGGCAGAGAGAAACAGGCGCGAGUCGCCGAUCGACGCGCGUCCUACGCUAUUUUUUCAACGUACGUCGAUGAGGAGACAAAUUUUUAUUUAAAAAGACGCACGCCGUUCGGCGAUCCGCGCGCCGCGUCGCUUCGUUCUACCCGCGCAAAUCCCUUCGCGGUUCUACCUGUUCGCGUUCUUCUUCUUUCGCGUCGCGUGGAUGUUCUUUUAAUUUAUUCCAGCCGGCCGAGUCCGGACACGCGAGCGAAACGAGCGUGUUAUCGUUCGCCUCGAAGUCCAUGGUCCAAGCAUCGAGCGGUUCGUUCGAUGGAUGGCUCGUGUCCCGAUCGCGAAAUACGCGUCGAAGACCUAGAUAUGUGGAGGUCUAAGUCGGGCCGUGAACGUCGCGGGGGUACGUGAUUUCACCGGCCGAUUUCACGCUGUUACGUUCUUCCCUGCGAACAAAAGGAGUCCUUCGAAUUCGAAUAACCAGUUUUCGUAGGAACGGGCGUUUCUAACGCGUUUUGUUAGCCCGGUCCGGUCUUUUGUAACGCGACAGGCACCACGCCGCUCUUUAUGCUUCCGAAGUCCGGUGGAAAUUCUCGAGACUCUCCGCAGAGUUCGAGGUAAAAGGCGCGCGUCUCUCUCGCGCGUACGUCGGACGACGCGGUCGACGACGAUGGUCGCCACGCCACACGCGGUAAAAAAUUGUUGUUGCGUUCCUUCCUUUCUUUCUUUCUUUCUUUCUUUAUUCCCCUCUUACCUUGGACCGUUCGGCCUUAUUCUCGUUUAAGCGUCGUUUUCCUUCUUUUUCCAUGCAGGAGUCGCGCGAAAAACACCCGGCAGAUAUUAACGUUGUGAUAAUUUCUAAUAUUAUAACGAUUACUCGCGUUGAGUCGCCUCCGUAUUACGAAUUACUGCUCUUUUGACGUGUUAGAAGCUGACUUUUAGAACGCCGCGGAUAACGCGGCUCUCCGGCGGCCUGUAACGUCCGUUUCUCUCUUUUUUUUUUUUUUUUGUUUUUGUUUCUUAUUUAUGAUUGUUGACGUUUUGUCCGAUUCUUACUUUGUGAGAUGGAUGCGAAACUAUCAUGUGCUGAUAAUAAUACAUUGAAAAUCAGAAGA